GGCAGCGGUUGCCAGCAGCUCUGACAAAACAUUUUCAAUGAUAAUUACAGAGACUUUCGAUGUGUCAUUAAACUGUGCGGGUUGGCGUGCGUGCGUGCGUGCGUGCGUGCGUGCGCCAAAGUUUGUCUAUACUUUUGGAGCGCGCUGUCCACAAUACGCAUGGCGCACCACAAGGGAACUUGAGAAGUUGUUGAUGGCAAGAAUGGAACGAAACGAGUCAAGACAAACAUUGGCCAAGCUUCCGAUCGACGCUUGGAAAGCGCUGUUUGUGGAGUGAGAGCUGCACCGCGGCUUUGCCCAUGGACUCCAAGCUGGGAGGACACCACUUGACAGAUGAGCGCGAGAAGGAGCAUAUUCCAUCAUGACGAUUGUGACUUUACUGUGCGCCAUGCUCGGGCUGUGGGGCUCCAGCGUGGCCAACAGAAACUGCCCGGACCUGAUCGUGGACAGCUGUCAAUGUUCGGCCGAAAGGUCCAAAGACCUGAGCAGGCAGUACGUCCGAGUCAAAGUGCUGUGUGAUGAUGUGGACCUGAUGGAGACGCUGCACCCGAGCUUUUUGCCCAACAUGACCUUCUCACUAAAUCUGAGUAACAACAAGAUCGCUGUGCUGAGGAACGGCUCCUUCUAUGGCUUGGCAGCUUUGGAAAAACUGGAUCUGAGGAAUAAUCUGAUAAGCAGAGUCGAGCCCUGGGCCUUCCGUGGUCUGCUGAUUCUGAGGAAACUGGACCUGUCCAACAACAGAAUAGGUUGCCUCUCCCCUGAAAUGUUUCUAGAUCUGGGCAAUCUUUUCAAAUUGAAUUUAUCUGGGAAUAUCUUCUCCACGUUGACAGUUGGACUCUUCUCACACCUCGUGGCUCUAAGAGUACUACACUUCAGGACAGAUACUUUAUUCUGUGACUGUCAGCUGAAAUGGCUUCUCUCGUGGGCCCGGAGCAACUCCGUGAGGAUUGGCAAUGACACGGCAUGCGCGUUUCCCACCCACCUCCACGGCCUGGAGUUUCGCAAUCUCCGAGGACAGCAGCUCACGUGUGAUGGAGCUCUGGAGGUACCCCUCUUUCAUUUGAUCCCUUCCCAGAGGCAGCUGGUUUUCCAGGGAGACCGUCUGCCUCUUCAGUGCACUGUCACUUACUUGGACGCUUCGUUUGAGCUGCAGUGGCAUCACAACGGCCACACUGUCGCCACGCAAGAGGACCGAGGCGUCUACGUGGAAGAGACCUUGCUUCAUGACUGUUGUCUGCUGACCAGUGAGGUCAUCCUCGCUAACAUGGACGUGGGCCUUGCUGGCACUUGGGAGUGUUUAGUGACGAGUUCCCGCGGCAACAGUUCUCGGCAGAUGGAGUUGGUCGUCCUUGAGAUGUCUGCGCCGUACUGCCCUUCUGACCGAGUCACUAACAACAAGGGAGAGUUUAGAUGGCCAAAGACUCUAGCGGGCAUCUUGGCUUUUUUACCUUGCGCUCCUGCCACUUUUGGUUCUGCUCCUCACCCUUCGGGCAACGCUCCGGUGCCCUCCGGCCAUAUGUACAAGAAGGCAUGGCGGCGCUGUGACCGGACUGGACGGUGGGAUGAAGAGGAUUACACUCAGUGCCCUUAUGCCAGUGAACUCACACGUGUGCUACAUGAGCUCACUCAGAUUACCGUCAACACUAGCAAUGCGCAGCCUUUGGGCCAGCAAUUAGUGGCCUUCACCAGCAGGGCAGCUCACUUCACUGAUGUCAUGGAUGUCAUCUUUGUUACCCACCUAGUUGAGAGACUGACCAGGCUGGUAAAGAAACGCAACGAACUGGGAGACUAUAUUUCAGAGAUAGCCAGCAACAUGAUGCUGGUAGAGGAGCACAUCCUGUGGAUGGCCCAGAACGAAGCGAGAGCAUGCACUCGCAUUGUUCAGUGUGUGGAGCGCAUUGCUGACCUGGCACUGACUGGAGACAAUCGGGCCAUUUCCAAGGUCUCCGCAAACAUCGCUCUGGAGGCCUUUCUGAUACGUCCCAACAACUUUCUUGGUCUGUCUUGCACGGCGCUCCAACGGCCUCCAUUGUCAACCCUGUCGGAAAGCCACAAGGAUACGAGACGAGAACACGAUGCCAUGGGCGAAUCGUUCCUCAACUUUAAAUGUGACACGAUCAAUCGAAGCUCAGCGGCCAGUCAUCUCAGCAUGAACUCCGUGGCAGUCGCCUCCAUCCAUUUACCUCUGGCUGCUCCGCACACCUCCUCCUCUGCCUUGCAAUCUGUUGAUAACUCCACUUGCAGGCUGCAGUUCAUCGUAUUCCGCAAUGGCAAACUCUUCCCGUGCACGGGGAAUUCGUCCAAUCUCGCGGACGAUGGGAAGCGCAGGAGCGUGUCAACACCAGUUGCUUUCGCCAAAUUAGAUGGCUGCAGCCUGGGGAGCGCCGUGCACUCCGUCACUAUUGCACUCAGGCACUUCGCCCUGGGGGUAGAGCCCACCGCAGCCUAUUGGGACUUUGACCUGCUGGAUGGACAUGGUGGUUGGAGGGCAGAGGGCUGCCACAUAACAGGCUCCGGUGGAAACACGACCACCAUUCACUGCACCCAUCUUAAUAACUUUGCCGUGCUCAUGGAUCUGAAGAAGGUGCUGUCUUUCCCCCCAUACCCAGCGGAGUUUUUGCACCCGGUCGUGUAUGCCUGCACGGCGGUCAUGCUGCUCUGCCUCUUUGCCUCCAUCAUCACGUAUAUAGUGCAUCACAGCGCGAUCCGCAUCAGUCGGAAGGGAUGGCAUAUACUUCUCAACUUCUGCUUCCAUACGGCUCUGACCUUCGCUGUGUUUGCUGGCGGCAUCAAUCGAAUCAAAUAUCCCAUCAUAUGUCAGGCAGUGGGACUCGUGCUGCACUAUUCGUCUUUAGCGACCAUGCUGUGGCUUGGUGUGACAGCCAGGAACAUUUACAAGCAGGUGUCUAAGAAGCCUCUCCAGAGCCAAGAUGGGGACCCCCCAAGGCCCCCUAAACAACCACUGUUGAGAUUUUAUUUAAUCAGUGGUGGAGUGCCCCUCAUCAUCUGUGGGGUCACAGCAGCUGUCAAUCUUGACAACUACGGGAGUGGGGAACAAGCACCAUACUGCUGGAUGGCCUGGGAGCCAAGUCUGGGCGCUUUCUUCGGCCCGGUUGUCCUCAUCGUCCUGGUGACGUGCAUCUACUUCCUGUGUACCUUUAUUCAACUGCGGCGCCGCCCCGAAAAGAAGUACGAGCUCAAGCGCUUGACAGAAGAGCAGCAAAGGUUGGCCUCCGUCGACGCGCCGCCGACUCAGUGCCAGCAGGCGACCGAGCCCGGCGCCCUGACGGCCCAACCUUCCGGGAGCCACUGCCCCGCCGGUUGCCCGGGCGUCCCGGUCAAUCCCGCCCUGCUGGCCAACGAGCACUCCUUCAAGGCCCAGUUACGCACGGCGGCCUUUACGCUUUUCCUCUUCCUGGCCACGUGGACCUUUGGGGCACUGGCUGUGUCACAGGGUCAUUUCCUGGACAUGAUCUUCAGUUGCCUGUACGGUGCCUUCUCUGUCACGCUGGGCCUCUUCAUCCUCAUCCAUCACUGUGCCAAACGGGACGAUGUCUGGCAUUGCUGGUGUUCCUGCUGUCCCGGGGGGCGAGCCAACGGCUGCUCCGGUGCCCACGGGCCGGGCCAAGCGCCGCCAAAAGUCAACGUCAACGGAGAUACCCCUUCGCACGGACACGCUCACUGCCACCGCGAUUCGCCGUGUAAAGCGCUGAUGAGCUGCCGUCACGGCGGCCUCAAUCACUGUAAACACGCCGCCCUGCCAUCGUCACAAAAUCACGUCACGUGUCUGACGCCCGUGACUCCAUGUUGCGCCGCCCUGCAUAGCCAACAGCUGAUGGAGGAGGAGCCUACUGCCACACACGUGCUGCUUCACGCCGAUCCAGAGGGUUACCGGCCGGGCAUCCAGUUGCACCCCUGUUUGAAGAGCAGCAGCAGCAUCAGGACUAAAAGCCGCCAUCUCAGCCGCCGCUCCGGCACCAGCGUUUGCGGCGGCGCGGGGAGCGAGAGGGAAUACGCCUAUCAUAUCCCCUCCAAUAUUGACGGAGGCAGCGUGCACAGCUCACACACUGACAGCCCCCACAGCAGCCACGAGCGUCACAUCCACACGUGUCCGCAUCAGGUCCACGAGGGCCUCCACGAGGGCCUCCACGAGGGCCUCCACGAGGGCCAUCAUACUUGCCAGGCGGCAGCUGCGCACGAGGCCCUGGCGUGUCAUAAUCCCUGCCAUCGGCAUGUGUGCUGCGCCCAGGCGGACAUUUUCCCUUCCCUGUGCCCGGCGGAGACGCCCGACGCUGGCGUCUUCCUGUGCGGGUGCAGCAAAGUGGCGGAGGAGGAGCCAAUCACGCAUCACCAUUUGGAAAUGCAUGGCCCGCGCAGACAAUCUUACCCGCAGAAUCCACCCAAUCAGAAUGGGAUUCUAAAGGGCGGCUUGCACGAGGGACUCCUUUACAGCUCGGACAGUACAGGGAAUAUACGCACAGGACCCUGGAAGAAUGAAACUACUGUGUAGUCUGGGAUGGAUUCAGGCAGCGGCGGCGGCAGCAGCAGGAGCGGCGGCGGCGGCAACAGCAGCGGCAGCGACAUUUCAUGCCACCAAAAACAGACAAGGAAAAAAAAAAAAAAAAAACAUGUCUCCCAGAAUUGAAAAACCUUUUAAACAUCUCAGUCAGUGUCCUCAUAUUUGUAUGUGUGCUCUUCUACUGGACCGAAAUCUCCCCAUUCUCUAAACAAUCUAUUCCGUCAAGGUAGAUAUACCAACAUGUCAGAAGAUACACAUGAACAGAAGAUAUCAGAUAUCUGUAUGUAAAAAAGAAAUUGAAUGGCUGUUGUGUAUGGAUAGUGUGUGUUUGUGCUCAAAGGCAACAAGCUUUCUUCCCUUUGAGUCUGCAUCCAUCAAAUUAACCAAAACUUCAACAAACUCGUCGCAUCCGUAUUUUAGACAACUAAACCAGCAAUUUUCGAUUUGGUGGCCAUUCAAUCAAACAGCUGUGAAUAUGUACAAGACAUUUUCGACAAAGAUGACGUUGCCUGGCAUCGACGUGAUAGUCAUCCAAGACAUGAGAAAAAAGUCAAAUGGAACAUGCUUUUUCAGGGUGGUAUUGAUUUUGUGUUCCGUAUGGUGUUUUGUUUCGUUUUUUCCGAAGUUCACAACAGUAUCAAUGUGACUCCAGUUUGUCUUAAUGAGCCUCUGAAUCUCCAGUUGCGCCUGUAACCACAUUGACAGAUACUGUAGAUACUUUAUUCAGUCACAAAAGAAGUACAGUGGUGCCUUGCAAUUUCAUUUUGUCCUCAAAACACUCGCACGUCUUCCCCAUUGAAACGGCACCACGAUCUGUAAUUCUGGAUCCUCGGUUUAAUUUGAGAGUAAGCAUCGAACUUGGCAUGUUUAUCUGCCAAACUCUUGCUUCUUGCCAAGUGAGUCGCGUUCACUGUCGGCAAAUAGUGCGAGCUCGUAUUUCAAGUUUUUGGUCACAAGUCAAAGCAAAAGAAAAAUGCCUCAACGAAAACACUGUGAGUGGGCUCGCUUCAAUUUCAAGGCACCACUGUACACUCUUCAAGUUGUCUCGACAAUGGAAGCAAGACAAAAAACACCAAGCAUAAAAGAAGACUACCGAUAUUGAAGUUCAAGAAAAAAAACGUACAUUUUAGAUAUUCAGCACAGAUAUUAAGGAUAUGACACAUCUUGUCAUUUUUAUUUACAUACACAAAUUAUAUUAACGUCAAAAUUCCAGUGCAGUCUGAAGGUCCAGAAAAAAAAAGUGUAUGGUGAUCAAUGCACAAAAUUUGGACUUAAUGUGAUAUUAGUGUUUGUCUCCCAAGGUAGAAUUAAAAGCCUUCAAUUGCUUCUCUUACAUUGUCCACCUGUGAGGAUUUCAUUUGCCUUUGACUUGACCUAAAGGACUGCUGCACUUCAUUAUAUACAGGUUCUGUCAAAGCCUUAGUUCCUAUCACUCAUUAGUUACAGAUUUGCCCAAAGAACCCUAAAAUAGAAACGGAACUUCAGAUGUUUAUAGAUAGAUAGAUAGUGUUUGUCAUGAAGGAUUUCAUAUUCGAAAGAAGAAGGCAAGAGAGAGGUUGUGAGUACCAACUGAAACCCGCAUGUUUGUGUUAAUGGAUUGUGUGUUUUUAUUUUUAUUUUUUGGAGGGGGGAAGCUGAGCGAGGUUAACAGAUUUCAUCCAAAAGAGCAUAAAGUGAAAAAAAAAAAGACAAAAGUGCAUAUAAUCAGCAUUUCGACCGCAAACCCUGUUCUCGCAAAAGCACCUGGGCAUGCGCAUUGUCUUUCUUCAUUUGUCUAUGUGAAUAAAAAUGGUUCCUAGUUGUUUUCUACCAGAUUUAAAAUAUUUAUAAAUUGAAUAAUUCUAUAUAUAUAAGGUCAUGGGAAAAUACUGACCUCUCAAUUUUAAUACUCAGUAUCUGAGUUUAGAAAUGUCUUUUGUUUCCGAAUGCCUUUGUCAUUUUUCUUACCAUUAACAUGCGUAUGCAGAUUCUCUAAGUGUUGUGAGACUUUUCCUGAUGUAUCAGAUAUACAAAUGCACUACCCAUGCUAAUGUUGGCCUCUCCGAAUACAUUCUUUAAGUGUGAUUAUUCUGCAAAUGGUUGUUCAGACUGGAAGAUUAAAAAGUGUGUCUUCUGUCGAAAUGCGAGGGGGGGUGGGGCAAUCAUGUGAUGCUCAGUGCCAUUUAUUUUUAUAAAGUCAAACCCCAAUUGAAUUCUUAGACAAUGCUUCAAUCUCUCUCUGGAGUUUAUUCACUUUUGGACAAAAUGAUUUAUUACAGGCUCGAUUUGAGUGCUGAAAUAUCCUUGUAGUCACUCAGAUGCUGCCAGCCGUUCACUUUGCCUUUCCAGUUAACAGAGACAUUCAUUUGGAACAGUCUCUCUCUUUUAUCUCUCUGUCUCUCGCGCUUUCUCUCUGUCUCUCUCGCACUCUCGCUCUCUCUCUCUCUCUGUCUCACAUACAUUAACACGCAUACGUUUAUGUACGGAAAGUCACCAGCUGGCAAGUGGAAAACAUUGACAGUCCAUAGUAUACAGUACAUAGACACUCUUGUUUUUAAUGUCUCAGUGAUAAAGAACUUUUUUUAAUCCAAAAAUAGACAAUAAAAGGUCAUCCAAUUCAAUUCAAAAUGGUCAUUUACUUUGAGACAACUGUGCCUCAAUUUGGGGGCGGGCACAAGCAUGGUGGUGGCCAGUCACGGACCCUAUGACGGACGGACGGACGGACACAUAGCUCUCUCUCUCAACACAAGACAUUGAGAAAGAAGGAAAUGGUGCGCUCUGUUAAUGGCUGUGCAAGUGUAUUUGCUAAGUGUUUGCUUUCAAUGUGUUUGGUGUCAUAGUGCCACUGUAGAAGACCCUCUCUGCUCUAUUCUAUUCUACUCUACUCUACUCUAUUCUAUUCUAAUCUUUUCUACUCUACUCUACAAUAUUCUACUCUACUCUACUCUACUCUACUCUACUCUACUCUACUCUACUCUACUCUACUCUACUCUACUCUACUCUACUCUACUCUACUCUACUCUACUCUACUCUAGUCUACUCUAGUCUAGUCUAGUCAGCAGUAGCAGAUGUGCUGUCCCAAAUGAGCAUGACGGCUUUGUUUUGGGUCACCUCGCAGCUGCUUGAAAACUGACCAGUGGUACUGUGACAAACCCCAAAGCCAGUUUUGACUUUUUUCUACAUUGACACAGAUUCCAAUAAAUGUAUUUUUUCACCAUGUCACUGGUGAGAGUAUCUUUGCCAUUUUUCUCACUCGUGCACAUUUUUGAAUGUGCCUUUUGUUUUGAUCCCUCAGUUCUUGCCUCACUGUGAUGUGUGAGCUGCUGCGGGCGGGGCAGGAUUUCGACAUUU